AUGACUAUCCCAGAACUACAAUGGGCCCAGGUGGCCGAGAAGAAAGGUGGUGCUUUGGUAUACAAACAAAUCCCCGUCCCUAAACCCCAGUCAGAUGAGAUCCUAGUGAAGAUCCGAUAUUCUGGUGUCUGUCAUACCGACCUGCAUGCCUGGAAGGGUGACUGGCCAUUGGAAAGAAAAACCCCACUUGUGGACGGGCACGAGGGGGCUGGUAUUGUCGUGUCGAAGGGCUCUGGAGUAACUGAGUUCGAAAUUGGUGAUCACGCUGGAAUCAAGUGGCUGAAUGGAUCCUGCCUUGCCUGCGAAUUUUGUAGGCAAGGGGACGAGCCUCUGUGCCCAGGAGCCUUGUUGUCCGGAUACACUGUUGAUGGCACCUUUCAGCAGUACUGUAUUGGCAAGGCUGCCCAUGCGUCAUAUAUCCCAAAACAAGUGCGAUUGGAUGCGGUUGCACCAAUCCUCUGUGCGGGCAUAACCGUAUAUAAAGGGCUGAAAGAGUCGGGAGCACGACCAGGUCAGACAGUAGCGAUCGUCGGGGCUGGUGGUGGGCUAGGAUCGUUGGCACUGCAGUACGCAAAGGCGAUGGGCCUUAGAGUGGUUGCCAUAGACGGUGGGAAUGAAAAGAAGGAAAUGUGUGAGAAGCUGGGGGCAGAGGCAUAUGUAGAUAUUAAAAAGUCCAAAGAUAUUCCCGCAGAUGUUAAGGCUGCGACGCCUGAGAGCCUUGGCGCUCAUGCAGUUAUCCUUCUCGCGGUGGCCGAAAAGCCGUUCGAGCAAGCGACAGAAUAUGUGAGAUCGCGUGGGUCGAUUGUUGCAAUUGGCCUUCCUGCUGGAGCGGUGCUCAAAGCUCCAGUAUUCAACACCGUGGUACGGAUGAUAAAUAUCAAGGGUAGCUACGUUGGUAAUCGGCAGGAUGGCGUUGAAGCACUUGACUUUUUCGCACGAGGGCUCAUCAAAGCCCCAUAUAAGACUGCUCCAUUGAAAGACCUCCCUCGAAUUUUUGACCUGAUGGAAAAGGGAGAGAUCGCUGGCCGAUAUGUGUUGGAAAUACCGGAAUGA